AUGGCAGGGUCACUGGGGAAAGGGGCUUAUCUGGGAGAAAUGGAUGUGAAAUCAGCUUUUAGAUUACUUCCGGUUCACCCUUCUGCCCAUCAAUUACUUGGUUUCAAGUUCAAUGAUCAAUAUUAUUACGAUAUGUGUCUACGAAUGGCUUGUUCAAUAAGUUGUGCUUUAUGGGAAAAGUUUGCACAUUUUAUUCAGUGGGUAGUAGAAGUAAAAACUGGAGUUCACACUCUGAACCAUUACUUAGAUGACUUCAUAUUUGCUGGGUACAAGCUAGAAACAUGUAACCUGUUGAUGUUAUCAUUCAAAAAUACCUGCUCUGCUUUUGGCAUCCCUCUUGCAGAGGAGAAAACAGAGGGCCCAAAAUCGGUACUUACAUUCCUGGGAGAUGAAAAGGUUAUUUGGAUUGUUGGUUCUUCAAUUAUUAAAUGGGCAUUCUACUAUGCAAGAAAAUCCUUUGAUGGUGUGGAUUUAGGUUUAAAACGAAGAAAUUACAGAAUUUUUUGGCAGGGAAAGGGAGUUAUGAAAUGGUUUGACCUUAUUCCAAAAAUAAAACUUUUGUUACGUUAUGAAUCACCUCCAGAAAUUUUAAUUAUUCAUUGUGGAGGGAAUGAUAUAGGUAAAAUUCCAUUGCUGCAACUACGGUCAAAUAUGUGUUCAACACUCAAAAAACUUGAGGAGCUACUACCCAGCACAACAAUUGGUUGGUCUAAUAUUUUGCCAAGAAUUUCAUGGCGUUUUAGUUCAAACUCAAAAUCUCAAAAUCUUGCUACUGUUAGACUCAAUAAUUUUAUGAAUCACUUAGUUACUGUCAAUGGUGGAUUCUUUAUCAAAUACCCAGAGAUUACUUGGGAUUCAAAUGAUAUGUUUAGUAGUGAUGGAGUUCACCUGUCGUACAUCGGUAAUGGUUUCUUGCUGUAUAACUUACAAAGGGCUUUGCAAGAAUAUGUUUUUCUAUAA